GAAGGGGGAGAGAAUAUUGAGAUGGAGAUGGUGGAGAUGGAGGGAUAAUACACGCAUACCACAUGGCCACCGACUACAGCCGGUGAAGGCAACGCCGGGGGCCAAUGGGAGGAGCUGGUGGCACCGGCAGUUCUGGGUUCCUCGAUGACAACGCCGGUUGCCGCGUGGACUGUCCCGUUGGGCCACUAUAAAUGUGGGGCUUAGCACUGCUUUAAUUUCGCAGCACCCCUUCUCUCCUCCCUCUAAGAACAGACAGAGUAGCUUUAGAGAGCGAAAGCUCGUCUGCAGCAAAUUAAGAAAAAGAAAGAGAGAGAAAGAGAGAAGAGAGAUGGAACGUGGAGGCUCCCAUGGCUAUCACAAGCUCCAGAAAUCCACCUCUGCCCUAAAGUUACUACAGGCUACCUAUUCUAUAACCAAUCGCUCAAAUAGUAGCAGCAGUAGCAAUAACAGCAACGGCAAUAUCAAUAUCGAUGCAGGUGCCGGGGAGCAGCCCCUGCAGCCAUGCCCUGUGCGGGAGCAAGACCAGUACAUGCCAAUUGCAAACGUGAUUAGGAUCAUGCGACGCAUCCUCCCGCCGCAUGCGAAGAUCUCUGAUGAUGCCAAGGAGACGAUCCAGGAGUGUGUGUCGGAGUACAUCAGCUUCAUCACGGGUGAGGCCAACGACAGGUGCCAGCGGGAGCAGCGCAAGACCAUCACGGCCGAGGACGUGCUUUGGGCCAUGGGGAAGCUAGGGUUUGACGACUACAUUGAGCCCCUCACCGCCUACCUCAAUAGGUACCGAGAGGUGGAGACUGACCGCACCUCGCUUCGUGGCGAACCGUAUUUGAAGCGCAGCGGUGCGGAGUACGGUGGUGGGAUGGUGGGGGUGGCGCCAAACCCCUACGGGCUGGGCGGUGGUGUUGGCGCCGGUCUUGGGGUUGGAGGUGGUGGCUAUCCAAUGGGGUAUCACCACCAUAAUAAUCACCAUGGGGGGUUUUAUGAUGGGGGGGCGAUGGGUGGUGGAGGGUACUACAGGGAUGCUAGUGGAGGAGCUGGACCCUCUUCUUCUCCCGCAGCUCUGCCCAACUUCGAUCCUUAUGCUCAAUACAAAUGACAAUGAUGCAUGCAUUAUUAUAAUUAUGGUGAUGAUUAUUAUUAAUAAUAUAGCAAUAUUAUUGAUAAUAAA